UGGGUCGCGCGGGAGGUGGCGUUACAAACCUGGACGCCCAGGGAGCUCCCAGACCAGGGGGCAUCGGAUCAGGACGCUUGGAGCCUGAGGUGGACAGAUGCUGCCCCUGGCCGGAGUCCAGAGCUUUCUCACGCCGCUGCGGGGCUGAGGCACGACUGCGUGGCUAGGAGGAGAUUCAGGUCAGCUCAGCUAAAACUUUCCACCUUCACUGGCUCAGGGGGAACGAAGCGGCCUGAGCUUCAGGGGAAAGCUCGAGAGUUUCAGGGAGGAAUAAAUGGAUUCAGGAAGCAGUAGGGGUUUGGAGAAUACAGUUAAUAAGGUCUGUCCGGAUCAGCUUGUUCCAAAGAUAAACACAAGCAAGAAAAUGUCCACCUUAGCAAACCCACCCAGUAUCCUGGAAAUGUCACAAGAGAUUAAGAAAACCUGUGGGGAUAAACAGGUAGAAAUCACAGUUGAAAGAAUAAAAAUGGCAAAGAGCAUCAAAGAAAAACAAAGCAAUGAUUUAGAGAAAGUGGCCUUUAAAAGGAAGGCAGAAGGUGAAGAAAAGCCAGCUGGAAGGAAAGAGGCAAAGAUAAUGGAACUUGACAGCCCGUUGAUGACCAUGCCUCUGCCUCACAUCCCCUUAAAGAACAUCAUGGAUGUGGAGGGGAAGUUGGUCUAUGUCGAUGAAGAGGAUGUGAGCUAUGAAUUUGUAGAAACUUUCGUGUCCACUGGGAUUCGGCCAACGUGCCAAGCUGCUGAAAUAGUAGACCCCUUGCAUGUACCUCAUUUCAGCUUUCUGCCUCAGAUUGACAAAUGGCUUCAAGUAGCCUUAAAGGAUGCCAGCUCCUGCUACAGACAAAAGAAAUAUGCCGUGGCAGCAGGACAGUUCAGAACAGCAUUGGAGCUUUGCAGCAAAGGGGCAGCUCUUGGAAAACCAUUUGAAGCCUCUGCUGAAGAUAUAGCAAGUGUGGCAAGCUUCAUUGAGACAAAGCUUGUUACGUGCUACCUACGCAUGAGGAAACCCGACCUUGCCCUGAAUCACGCGCACAGGAGCAUUGUUUUAAACCCAGCCUAUUUCCGAAAUCAUCUUCGUCAGGCAACAGUGUUUAGAUGUCUGGAGAGAUAUUCAGAAGCUGCCCGGAGUGCCAUGAUUGCUGACUACAUGUUCUGGCUCUGUGGAAGAAGUGACCAGUGUGUAAGCAAGCUCAUCAAACUGUAUUGGCAGGCUAUGCUUGAAGAAGCCAUCACCAGAGCGGAAUCUUUCUCGGUUAUGUACACACCAUUUGCAACAAAAAUAAGAGCUGAUAAAAUAGAAAAAGUAAGAGAAGUUUUCACAAAAAUUCAUCCUGCAUAUGUGGAAUAUAUCUAUACAGAUCUUCAAGGACUCCAUAUGUUGCCUCAGACAGUUGACUGGUCAUCUUUUCCUCCCCAACAAUAUCUCUUGACUCUUGGAUUCAAAAACAAAGAAGACGGGAAAUUUCUGGAAAAAAUAUCAAGUAGGAAGCUGCCAAUAUUUACAGAACAUAAAACUCCCUUCGGUCUACUGACCAGAGAAGACACAGUGAGACACAUGGAGACAAUGGGGAAGCGAAUCUUGCCAAUACUGGAUUUUAUUAGAAGCACCCAACUGAAUGGGAGUUUCUGCGCGUGCUCAGGUGUGGUGGAGAAGUUGCAGUACGCCAGCCUCCUCAGCCAGCUGCAGAGAGUAAAGGAGCAGUCCCAGGUGAUCAAUCAAGCCAUGGCGGAGCUAGCCACCAUACCCUACCUACAGGACAUCAGUCAGCAGGAGGCGGAAUUGCUGCAGUCACUAAUGGCAGAUGCUAUGGACACCCUUGAAGGAAGAAGAACCGAUAAAGAACGUGUGUGGAAUACAAUCCAAAAGGUUGGACAAAUUGAAGACUUUCUAUACCAGUUAGAGGAUAGUUUCUUAAAAACUAAAAAGCUGAGAACAGCUCGAAGGCAAAAAACAAAAAUGAAGCGGCUUCAAACUGUGCAGCAAAGCUAGUCACCAGGGAACAGGUGCUACCACCAGGACCACCCAGGAUGCAAGGGCGUCCCCCAGCCUGACUGUGACAGCCCCGUGACAAAGGCUUAAAGAGGGAAGAGGUGACACUCCCCUCGGCUCAUCUUUAGCAAAGAUGUUCUAUACUUCAUUAAUCUCGACUGGCAGCAAUAAAUGUUCUCAGCAAGUUUGUCUCGGUUCUUGUUC